AUGCGACUGCUGGAACGUGACGAUACCGGCGGGGUCCGUUUAACGGAGGACCUCCCCAGCAACAACAAAAUUCCGCCGUAUGCGAUACUUUCACACACAUGGGGUGACGGGGAGGUCCUCUUCAGGGACCUGAUGGACGGUACAGGCAAGAACAAAGCAGGCUACGCUAAGAUUCAAUUUUGCAGAGAUCAAGCCUGGCGCGAUGGGUUGAGAUUCUUCUGGGUUGAUACAUGCUGUAUCGACAAGUCCGAUAGUGCUGAGCUUCAGCACGCCCUCAACUCCAUGUUUCGGUGGUAUCGCGAUGCGGCAAAAUGCUAUGUCUAUCUCGCAGACGUUUCAACCUGUAAGCGGGAUGCCGAUGGUAACUCAAAGUGGGGACUGGAUUUUCGAAAAUGCAAAUGGUUUACCCGUGGAUGGACCCUCCAAGAGCUCAUUGCUCCUUCGAUCGUUGAAUUCUUCUCUAGAGAGCGCGAGCGCCUGGGAGACAAGAAGUCUUUGGAAAAAGAAAUUCACGAUAGAACUGGGAUUCCCCUCAGAGCCCUCCAGGGUAACCCUCUGUCUGAUUUCAGCGUUGACGAACGAAAGGCAUGGAUCGAGAAGCGUGAGACAAAAUACGAGGAAGAUAAGGUGUACUCGCUAUUCGGAAUCUUCGACGUGCACAUACCGGUUGUAUACGGCGAAGGAAAAGAAAAGGCAUUUGAUCGGCUACAAGAGAAGAUCGACAAGAAUUCUCAUCGUCUAGCAAAACUGUGGCCCACCGACCCGCGAGACCCGCACCAUGAGAAGGAGCGUAUCGAGUUGGCAAAAGGCGGUUUGCUGGCUGACGCUUACCGCUGGGUUUUCGACAACCCCGACUUCAACCAAUGGCGCCAUCUCCCUGAGAGCCGCCUGCUCUGGGUGAAAGGGGACCCCGCUGGAGGGGCCGAUUACUGCCGAGGGUGGUAA